GUCACGUGACCUCCCAGGACCAAGAUGGCGGCUUCCUGAAAAGUGCAAACCUGCGUUUGAGGACCGGAAAACCAAAUGGCUGAGGGACAGGCAGUGCUGGACCCAGGUCGCUGAAAAGGAGGUGGGAAAGCGGGAGGUGUGUCGGCUCUCUCACCCCCUUCCCGCAUUCUGAGCGUUAGGGGAUAGUGGACUCAAGCCCAUUCGGGGCUUUGGGAUCACUGACCCCUGUCUCUUGUUCCGGGGCUAACGGUGUCCCCGGGCCCUUUGACGCAACGGGUACUCCGCAAGCAGCUGCCGACCCGCUGCCUUUUUUUUUCUUUUGCUAAACUCCCCCCCUCCCCCCCCUCACGUUUGGAGAGAAAGGACUGCCCUCUCCUUUUCAUCCAUGAUCCAAAUCCCUAACCCUUCGGAAAGGAGACAUAGCAGCGCUGCCCCGACGUGAGGACAGUUGAAUGGCUGCAGCCAUGACGAGCAGAGCCACGCUGGGGGAAGCCGCCAUCGUGUUUAUCGUGGUGCUGAGCAUCCACGGCUCAGUAUGGGACCGCUAUUCCUGGUGCGCCGUAGCCCUGGCUGUUCAGGCCUUCUAUGUCCAGUACAAGUGGGAUAGGUUGCUCCAGCAAGGGGCUGCAGUCUUCCAGUUCAGGACCACAGCUAACAGCGGCCUCCUGCCUGCCUCCAUGGUCAUCCCUCUAUUGGGGGUGGUGAUGAAGACAAGAUGUGAGGGGGCAGGAAAUGUCUACUUUGAGCGGUUUGGCGUGGUGGUGGCAGCCACGGGCAUGGCGCUGGCGCUGUUCCUAUCUGUAUUGGCACUGGGCAUCACCAGGCCAGUGCCCACCAACACCUGUGUUAUCUCCGGCCUGGCUGGAAGUAUCAUCAUCUACAUCAUGAAGCAUUCAUUGAGUGUGGCAGAGGUGAUUGAGGUGCUGGAGGUCCUGCUGAUCUUUGUCUACCUCAACAUGAUCCUCCUGUACCUGCUACCCAGGUGCUUCACCCCAGGAGAAGCAUUGCUCAUCCUAGGGGGCAUCAGCUUUGUCCUCAACCAACUCAUAAAGCGAUCCUUAAAUGUUAUCCAGGGUCGGGGAGACCCAGUAGACUUCUUUCUCCUGGUAGUGGUAGUAGGGAUGGUUAUCAUAGGUAUCUUUUUCAGCACGUUCUUUGUCUUCAUGGACUCCGGAACCUGGACAUCUUCUCUUUUCUUCCAUUUAAUGACAGGUGUAUUGGGCCUUGGUGUCAUCAUGCCCUGGUUGUACCACCUAAUCCGGGAGAACCCUUUGUUCUGGCUUUUCCAAUUCCUAUUCCAGUCAGAAACUCGUAUCUACCUCCUGAUCUACUGGUCCCUGCUAGCUGCUUCAGCAUGCCUAGUUGUGAUGUACCAAAAUGCUAAGAGAUUGUCUUCUGAGUCAAAGAAACAUCAGGCCUCCACAAUUACCCGAAAGUAUUUCCACUUCAUCAUAGUGGCUACUUAUAUACCAGGACUCAUAUUUGACCGACUCUUAUUAUAUAUCGCAGCUGUGAUCUGCUUGGCUGUCUUUAUCUUCCUGGAGUAUAUUCGCUUCUUUCGAAUUAAGCCACUGGGCCAAACCCUGAGGAAUUUGCUCUCCCUUUUUCUUGAUGAAAGGGACAGUGGCCCUCUCAUCCUGACUCACAUUUACUUGCUGCUGGGCAUGUCUCUCCCUGUCUGGCUAUUCCCAAGACCUUGUGCCUCAAAGGCUAGCCUGGGAGGGGUUGGGGCUCUGGUCCCUUAUGCAGGAGUGUUGGCUGUGGGAGUAGGGGACACUAUUGCUGCCAUUUUUGGCAGUACUGUGGGAGAGAUCCAUUGGCCUGGAACUGUAAAGACUUUUGAGGGGACAAUGACUUCCAUAUUUGCUCAAAUCAUUUCUGUGGCUUUAAUCUUAAUCUUUGACACUAGGGUGGACCUGAAUGCCAGCUAUGCUUGGAUUUUGGGGUCUAUCAGCAUAGUCUCCCUCCUGGAAGCCUACACUACCCAAAUAGAUAAUCUUCUUUUACCCCUCUACCUCCAGAUUCUGCUGAUGGCUUAGCCUUCAUGCCGAGAUCAUGAUGGGAGGAAGUGAGUUCAAAGUAAACAUUGUCAGCAAUUAGCUACUUGGGUAUGAUGGAUCAGGUGGCAAAAAGCUGAUUCACUUUUGCAGUGAAUUGAGAUUUAAAACCAAAGCUGCUCUUGCAUUUUAGCUAUUGAUUUCAAAAUAAAGUAACAUUUCAGAUGAAGGAAUUAGAAGGACUUAUUAAUAAAGUUUCCCAGUGGAAGUGCAUUCUUUUUAAAAAAAUUUUUAACAUUUAAUUUUUAUUUUAUUUUUUUCUCAAUUACAUGGAAGCACAUUCUUCACAAUGAUAUUUUUGUAAAAAAUCAAAACUCCAUCUUUGAAAAAUAGCUUCUCAUCUUAAUUUAUGCCUAAUAGUUUAGAAGGAAUUGUAAAAACUGAAUUUUGUUUACUGGACUUGAUUUUUGUGGGAGAAAAAAGUGGAGGGAGAAGAUUUCCAUAACCUUUAUGAAACUAUUUUAACUGGGUAAAAGGGCAGAGAAGUGCAAAAGAAUGAAUGAAGAAAUACUUGAGUUAAUGCCAUUUAUUUUUCCUAACUGGGCCAUAGUGUGCAGAACUGAAUUGGCAUAGCUGGUUACUUGGAAAGUAGGAACACCUCCUUGGGUGGAAGUAGGUAGCAGAGGAACUAGGAGAAGAUACUAGAAUAGAUAUUGAAAGUCAUUUUUAAAAAAUGUGAGAAACUCAGGAAUACUUUAGAGCAGAGUUUCUAAUCACAGGGCCGUGUGCAACUCACAGUUCUCAUAAGGACAGCCUGAACCAAAUUAAAAUGUAAUUUGAAACUAUUUAACAAAGUAAAUAUAAAAUGUUAUAUAAAUGAUGUUAAAGUCAAGAUGCAACCCAUGUGUACAGUAGUGGUCUCUUACUGUUUGGGCAUGACACCACUGUCCUGUAAGCAUCAUCAUCCUGACUUAAAUGGGAAUUGUGAACCAAUAAAAUAAGAUCUCUCCAGAAUCCACUAUAACCUCUUAGCAACUCAAAAGAUAGAGAGAGCUUUUUCAAGAUUAUAGAAUUGAAGAAAAAGUCUUUUAAUAGUGAACAUUUUGCAGACCCCAAAAAUUUGCCACAAAUCAUUAGUUAAUAAAUACUGUUUAAAUAUAGGAUCCUAAGUGACUUUUACUCUUCACUUACCACCUGUCUACCCCUUGUAGGUCUUCUCCCCUUCAUAGCUGACUACCAGGGAAACCAGUAGGAGGGAAUAGAGCAUAUAUAUGAGUAGGUAACUUUGAAGCCUCCAGCUUUCCUCCAGCAGGAUACAGCAUCUUUGCCUUUAUCUUAACUCAAGCAGCUUCCUAUUCUUGACAAUAGGAAGAGUCCUACUACCACAGUAGGAACCAAGUUUUUUAGGACAAUAAUUAUGGGAUAGUUGGAAGUUCUCCCCACCCUACCCCCACUCUCUAAGAAUUGUUACUUCAAAGUCUUAUCUUUUCCUGCCCUUGAAAUCUAUCUUCUAUUGUGACUAUGUUGUAAGUCUUGGUCUGAAUAAAGAUUUUUUCCUGCCAGCUGGUCAGAAAAA